UCUACUUGCACCCAAUUGCGUUGAAAAGAUAAUGCUUCUUUCUGAAGCCUACCGCCGCUCCGUCUCCCUGCGCCGAACCCAACAUGGUACCCGCCACACGACCGCUCCUCGCUCGUUCGCCCAACGCGCCUCGAAGCAACAAAAAUUCGCCUUCGCCAACAGACCCCUUGAGACCGAGACGCCCAAAAAAUCCGAACGCGGGGCGAACGCUCGUCCCGCGAGCCCAACGAAACGAGGCCCCAAAAAACAAACAGCCAACCACCCCAUCCGCGAAAUCGCCCCAUCUGACCGGCUUCCAAGCUUGAUGGAACGCAAAAAAUUCACAGCUCGACUUCCUAAAAACUUUGUAGCUGACAUCAGGAACUGGGAGGUGGACAACUCCAACCAUCUAAAAGCGGUUGAACAACACUUCACAGAGCAGGGGCUCAAAUUCAACAACUGGCACCUCGCCCAACAAGCGCUCACACACUUCAACUAUCCCUCCGUGCGGGGAAAGCACAAUGCGCUGAUUUCGAGGCUGGGCGAAAAAGCACUGCGAAUGUUCCUCACAGAAUUCAUCGCCCUCUCCGACCCAACCCACGCCAAAAAAGAGUGGUUCGUUAUCGCCAAUUUAAAUUGCAUGAUGCGAAACGACUUUGUAACCGACAGCGUCGCCGAAAAACUGAAACUCGUGCCAAUCAUAAGAUACCAAAAAUCGUCCUUCCGCCAAACUAGCCGCAAAACUUCAUUCACUUUUUUUGUCUAUUCCAGGGCUGUCUUCGCGCUGAUAGGAUCCAUUUACCUCGACCAAGGUAUGGAAAGUGCCAAGGCAUUUGUAUCGAAGUAUUUCCUGGAGCCCUUCAGAGUGGAUGACAGGUUUAGAGCGCCCAUUCGAUAUCCGCAGCAUGUUCCUCAUUGCACUGAUUGAAAGUCUUCGCGACCGACGCCUAGUUGGCCAAGACUGCCCAGGCGCCGGAAAUGCGACCAAAUCGGGCAACC